AUGUUUGUUGUCUUUAGUAUUCUUGGUACUAUAUCAAUUGAUUUUCAUGAUACAGAAGCAACUAUAAGUGGUGAUGGGAGUUUCACUGGAUUCGGGAAGCAAUCAACGUAUUAUUUAAAAACUGUAACAAUCACAGGAAAUAUCUAUGAAAUUGGAUCUAAUGCAUUCUAUGAAAUUUUUUCUCUACGAACAGUCAUUUUUAACAUUACUUCUCCAAAUUUUAUCAUCAGAGAUUAUGCAUUCUAUUCAUGUGGUUUUUCCCAAAUUAAUCUUCCUGAUAAUACUAUAUCAAUAGGAGAAUAUGCAUUUAGCCAUACACAUUUGGAUUCAAUCGAAUUCCCUGCUUCUUUAACUGAAAUUAAAAAAAGCUGCUUUGAGAACUGCAUGGAACUUAAAAAGGUUAAUUUAAAGAAUAUAGAAACUAUACGUAAUUUUGCAUUUUACGGAUGCAAUUCAUUAUCAGAACUUAUUUUGUCAGAUUCUAUAAAAACAAUAGGAGGAUCUGUAUUUACCAAGUGUGAUUUAAUAACAAAAUUAACAAUUCCUCCAAAAGUUGAUGAGUUAUCAAGUUAUACAUUCAAUGAAAUGGGCGGUUUACAAAAACUAAACUUAAAUCAUGUUAAAAGAUUAUCAGAAUAUUCUAUUCACGAUUGUCCAAAAUUGAAUUAUAUUCAUUUUGGAGAUAGUUUAGAGUUCAUUGAUGAAAAGGCACUCCAAUUCAUUUAUCUGAAAGAAAUCAUAUUACCACCAACAUUGCAUAAUCUAUCUGCUAAAAGUUUCGCUAGUUGCAAACCCUUUUAA